AUGUGCAGUAUAUGGCUGCAGACAGUUUGCAGCUUAUUUGUGAUUGUGCCAGAAGAGACCAUGUGCCACUACAGAUUGAAAUUGAUUUGCAACUCGAAUUUGCCGGCGUGGCUGCCAACACGCGCAAGACUUGGGAUGCAGAGCCACCUUGUUUUGGAUGCGCUGGUGGGCAAGCGGCGAGAGGCAUUGUUCAAUGCAGUGGAUCGGCAGCUGGAGACGCAUGUUGGUACAAGUACAAUACUCGCAGACAAACCUUGCAACCCUGACAUCCUAUGGACGAAAGUCGCAACUGCCCUACAGGCACGGGCGAAGAUGGAUGACUGCACAAAAAGGGACGCAAAAGCCAGACAAGAGCAGAAACUCCACGAAUUUCAGUUUGCGUGGGGCCAGAGAGAUUUGCACCAAGUCUGGAAGACAGCCAGACAACUUUCUGGGAAACCCAUUGGGCCAAAAAGACGAAGAUACGACGCUGCCAAGUCUGCCUGGCCAGAAAAAGCUGAAUGGGUUGCCUUUCUACAGCAGAGUGGGCCAGCAGGUGGGUGCUCGGCAGUUGAGCUCGAUGUGGACAGCUUUGAGGUGGUGGAAGAUGAGGCUUCUGUGCCGGUCAUGGAUUGCACAACAGCACGCGAGCUUGCAAAAUCUUAUUUGCGGGCAUUGCGUAGGUUGCGCAAACAAGGUGUUUCCCAUGCUCUUUCUCUCCUGGACGUCGCCAAUGCUUUUCCCAGCCCUCAUCGAGGGGCUAUGCGGAGCACGGUGGAUCGAGUGGCUUGCAGCAUCGACAAUAAACUAUUGCAACAGAGACAUGAGAGCACCUUUAUGCACAUUACUGCUAGAGAUGGGGAUGUAUGUGUACAGCCGAAUUCUGGGAGCCUGCAAGGGGAUUCUGUUGCGUGUGCUUUAUUUUUGGAGGUGUACCACCCCCAACUGGAUAAGUGGCUGCAAGAAACCAAACAACAUGAACUUCUGGUUCAAGAUCCCAUAUCGCAUGAACUCUUGGAUAUCUCCGUCUCGAGCUAUGCGGAUGAUGUUGCCCGAUGCACUGUGGCCGAAUCCAGCGAGGAACUGUUUUUGCACAUUACUCAUUCCAAUGACGUUUUGGAUACUGCACUGGGUGAAAUUGGGCUCAAGCAGAACACUGACAAACAAGAGCAUAUUGUUUAUUUCUCUGGUGCUGGAGCAAAUAGCUACUUGGCGCAUAUUUACAAAGAGGGCAUGCUUCCUGGCAAAUCUUGCGUCAGUGCCAAGUAUCUUGGAGGGUGGAGACAUUUUAAAGAUUCUAAUGACAUGGAAAUACGUGCCCGCCGACGGGCUGCCGAAAUUGAUUUCAUGGCUAUGGGAAAGUUUUGGGCAAGACAGAGUGCCACUUCAGCUGCAAAAAUUGUUUUCUCUGCUAUGGUUCGCAAUGCUGCCUUGUCGGGUCUUGAGAAUUUGGUACUUUCAGAUGCUGAAUAUCAACAAGUGGAUGCAACAAUAUUUAGAUUCGCCAGAAAAGUUUUACGAGGAGCCGCCUGCAAAAAAGUUGUGGGUGAGGAUGGAAGCACACAAUACCACGCCAUCCCUGACAGUGAUGUUGGCAAACUUUUGUCAUUCGUACCGGCCAAGCUGGAGCUUUGCGUGCGGCGACUACAGUGUUGGCAAAGUGUGGCGCGAGAUCCUUUUCUGCACCGACAAGUGCUUGCAACUGUUUUUGGACAACUCUGGUACGAUGAAUCUGCAACAGUGCUGCCGGAUGGGUCACUGCAUAUGGAUGCGAACGCGUGGGCAAAACAAUUGGAGACUGACUUACAGUUGCUUCUUUCCCUGGAUUCUGCAGCUGAAAGAUUGGCCGGCAUUGGAAACAGAAUUUUUCUUUUAUUCACGGAUUUUCGAGAUGAUUUCGUGCGCGUGGAUUGUGGUGAACUCCGAGCUCAAUUUUUUGGAGUCUGCAUACCGCCUCCUGGUUUCUGCGAAGCUUUACUGGGAGAAGUGGAAGCAGAGAAGACGGAGGCUGCCAAAAUGAUGGAAGUCAUGGCCAAGCUAUGUCUGAAGAACAGUUUGGAAAUUAGAGAAAUGCAGGCAGCCGUGUUGAGGACAUAUUUGGUUCCUCGAGAUGAAGUGUUUGCCACAGCUGGUCUUGACGCAGCAAAAGCCCACAUGGAGAAAGCCAAGGCAGCAGAAGGGAACUCGCGAAAGAUUGAAGAGAUGGGGCCGGUGCAUGUCCACGUGGCUUUCCAUGUGCAUGUGGCUCGCUUCAAGAAGGCGUGGGACAAGAAGACCAUGAAACUUCACCUUGCCACUCAUGCAAGCUUGGAACCCGUACUUGACUCUCUUGACAAAGCCUUGUUGGCCACUGGCGGAAAGAGGAAGUCAGGGCAAGCACCACGUGGAGGACUCGAAAGACAACUCCAGGAUCAGUAG